AUGGCUGAUACGACUACUGGAGCAUGUCUGCCAUCAGGCAACUCCAGUUCCAUCCAAGCACUGCUCGUCAAUACCGGAGACAACGCGAUCCUCUGCCCGAACACGACUUUCAACCUCUACGCCCCGAUCAACUUCACAGCUCCAAACCAGGUUCUUACCACUCUCGGAGCACCCACAGACCACACGCGAGCUAUGCUCGUCAUCCAGGCCAACUUCACCGCUGCCGUUCAAGGCGGGUGCGACCAGUGCACCGGCGCGAUACUCUCACAUGUACAAGUGAACGGCAACCGUGCGCAGCUCGGUCGGCCCCCUGGAGGCGGAAGUGGCCUUAUAGAGAUGGGAGGAAACACGAACGGUCAGGUUGUCACUUUUGUGCGCAGCUUUGAUCCUCGUGGGUUCAGCUGCUUGCAUAUGUUCGAGGGGCAGAACAUGAGCUGCCGCAAUGCCACCGUGGUAAACAACGACAUUGGGCCGUGUGGUGAAAGCGCGGAAACCGAUUUCCCGCAGCCAUCACUCAGCGGCACAGGACGCUCAUUCGCCGACGGCGUACCCGGUACCAUCUCCUCAAAUGCCACAUCUGGCCGAUGGGCGGACGGGAUCAGCAUGGCCUGUGCUCAUUCGCUCGUCGCAAACAACCAGAUCACCGACGCCUCAGAUGGCGGUAUUGUCAUCUUUGGCGCCUUUGGAUCGACCAUUCACUCAAAUCACAUCCUUGCUUUAAACCAGACGCUGCUCGGAGGAAUCAAUCUCGUCGAUUCCAAGCCCAGCCAGAACUAUACCGGCGUACUUGUGGUGAACAAUACAGUGGAGGCGCGUGGCGAGAUGAUCAAAGUCGCGAUUGGCUGCGGCCCGGCUGUAUGGGGCGACGACCUCGUGACUCGCAACUUUGGCGCGACGGUGAUAAAUAAUACUCUCGGUGGCGGCUAUCUGGGCUACGGCGUCCUCCUUUCGGGAGUUGCGAACUGGACAGCGCACGGAAACAUGGCUGCGCCAGGAGCUAACUUCAGUGCUGCGUUCACCGAAGCUUGCCAUGGACUGUCGGUUGAGCCGGCAGCAGUGGUGAUGAACCCGAGCACUGUGGACUGGGAGGGAUCGGACGUGCAGAGCGGGACGUUUGGUGCGGCGCAAUUUGCGAUAUGCGUCGAGAGCAAGAGGUUCGUCAUGGGCUUGGAGGAUGGGAACGACGAAGGUGAUGAUGAAGGCGAUGAUGAUGACGAUGAUGACGGAGACGAUAAUGGAGAGGAUGACGGGGAUGAUGACGGGGAUGAUGACGGGGAUGGAUCUCUCGAUGACUGCUCCACCGCGAGCUGGGAUAACCCUACGACCUCAACACUAUUCUUCACGUCCAGCACGUUCAGCGCGACGGCCUGCAGUAACUCUGUGACGACACGACCAACGGGUUUGGCUACAGUUACUCAGACGAGCUCGUCAGCGACUUCACCUAGCAGUUCGGCCGGCACGAGCAGCGUUCUUCCAAGUGCGGACCGUGCCGAGCCAAUGGGGGGAGGGUUUAUUCCAUCGCCGGCCUCGAGCUCGAGCUCGAGCUCAUCUCAAACAGAUUCCGCCCCUACGUCCUCUAUGUCCUCUGCGUCCUCAACCCUCUCUACCUCCUCCACCGAUUCUCUUGCUGGAUUCUUUACGUCCGCGACAACGUUCCGCCAGUCGAGCCUCAUAAUUCUUCCAACGAUCCUCCCCCAGCUCAGCCUAGGAACGCCCACAGCAAGCAGCUCUUCCGGAUUGAAUGUGGAUUUCUCUGUUGGCUCCGGCGGAAGCUCCACGACUCCCUCACCCUCCAUGGAUUUCUCCAGAUUUGUUACUGCCGCCUCCGCCCAAAUCACUGGCACGACGAGCACAGUGGGUGUGGAGGACGUGGUUGUUAUACCAACUUCUACUGCGGUUCAUGCGGGGUGGACGCGCCCAGGGCCGGCAACACAUGACGAUGUGCAGAUGAUAGCAGAUGCUCCGGCACCCUCGCCAACCCCUUCGAAAGGUGUCAAGAAGCCGUGUCCGUAUAAGAGUCAUCAUCAUAAAGUUGUGAAUGCGGCAAAGGCGGUCAAGCGGUGGAUAGAGGAUUUGUGGAGCGGACUGUGA